AUGCCCCUGUUCGAAGGAGUAGCCUAUGGUGGUGAAAAAUCCGCUGUGAUUGUUGAUAUUGGUGGAGCCUACACGAAGUGUGGAUUUGGAGGCGAACCAGCUCCAAGGUGUAUCAUUCCCAGUGAUGUAAUCAAACAAUCAGGAGAGACUAGGAAGGUGACUGUAUUCAAAAAUGAGGCAGAAUUAUAUGACAACCUUGUUGAUUUCCUACACAGACUCUACUUCAGACAUCUGUUGGUGAACCCAAAAGACAGGAGAGUUGUAGUGGUAGAGUCUGUUCUAUGUCCUAGUGUGUUUAGAAACACUUUAGCUAAAGUUCUCUUUAAACAUUAUGAAGUGCCAUCAGUUUUGUUUGCCCCAUCACAUCUCAUGGCCCUGUUCACCUUAGGAAUCUCAUCUGGUCUUGUCCUUGAUGCUGGACUCACUGAAACACUUGUGUUACCUAUCUAUGAAAGUAUCCCAAUACUAAAGGCAUGGCAGGCCGUUCCUUUAGCAGGCAAUGCCAUUCACAGUCGCUUAGAGUCACAGUUGCUAGAGACUGGAAUCAUUACCACUGAUGAAUCAGAGAAGCGCCCUCUAUCUUCCGCACUGGGUUCACUAAGCCAGAGCACCUUAGAAGACAUUAAAGUGAGAUGUUGCUUUGUGACUCGUAUGGAUCGUGCCAAACAGCUGCAAGAUGCCCAGUUACAAGAAAGUGGUCUACAGGAAGUGGACCCCACAAAGAUUCCCACUCCUCCCCCAGGUGUUGACUACCCCUUAGAUGGAGGCAAGAUUCUACACAUUGAUGGAAAAAUAAGGGAGAAUUCAUGUGAAGUGCUAUUUGAGCGAGACAAUGAUGAGAAGUCAAUCGCAACACUUAUUCUAGAUGCAAUAUUGGAGUGCCCCAUUGAUAUCAGGAGGGUUCUGGCUGAGAACAUAGUAGUGGUUGGUGGGACUGCAAUGUUACCAGGCUUCCAACAUAGACUGCUAGCAGAGGUCCAUGAGUUGGUAGAACAGCAACGCUACAGAGAUAAACUGGCCAUUAGAUCAUUCAAGCUACACAAGCCACCCUCUAAGGCUAAUUUCACAGUAUGGUUGGGAGGUGCAAUAUUCGGUGCCCUGGAAAUCCUUGGAUCGCGAUCCAUCUCAAAGGAAGCUUACAAUGAAAACAACACAAUCCCUGACUGGUCGACUCUAUCAGACAAUUUGUUAUCUGAGCCGGAACCUUCCGAGAAGUUGCCUGGUGUCAAGUAAUUAAUAGAGACAAUGUGCGACAGAUGCCAAACUUAUUUAAUUGCUUCGUAUGAUAUUUGAGAGCACAAACUGAUUAUUUGAACAAUGUAUUUAAUUGACUGGCCUUGUAUUGGGUGAAAGUUGUCAACAUGGGAGUUGUCAUAGUAACAAUGUUUGUCGACAUAAUUGCGGUUGAUGUUCUUAGCUGUGUCUUAUGCCAUUCACACCAAAUGACUCAAAAUAAGCUCAUCUAUAAUUUAUUUACAAGGUUCAAUCAGCAAAAUGUCCAGCUCUCUUAGGUAUGUCUAGACAGGGUUAGCUUUUUAGCUAAUUGAUAUUGUGUAGCAUAAGACAGUGUUAACACCCUGGAAUCUCUUGGGUUGUAUUGAUUUUAAGCAAAAGAACGAUUUCCAAGUCUCUGGUGCGAAUAGUACAAAUUGAUACCUGGAGGCAUGUGCUUGAGAGAAUGGUGUUAUAGCAACGUAAAAUGCUCAUAUCAAUCAGCACAUUUGAGCCAAAGGAGACCCACGUGAAAAGGAAAAAAAUCUUUCUGCAAAAAUGAAUCAUUAGUAGUAUUCAAUUGCUAUUAAUGGAUACCGCUGGGCAUCUUUCACAAGGUACUUACAAAUAUUACCUUGUGCAUCUAAUCGACCAUGUUAAAUGGAUGGUUCAUCAAUCUUCUUAUUGGGCUUCAUUCCAUUUGUCAUCCGAAAAGCAUAAUCUCUCACAUUUGCUUUUAUGUCAUAUUGACUCGCCGCUCUCUAUGCUUUAGAAUGUACUUUGAAUUAGUGAUAAAACUGGAAAAAGUAAUGAGGGUUUUUAAAUAAGAUAAAUAUUUAUCCGCGUAAUCCCGAUCAUGAUCAGAAGCUUAUCUAUGUUAUUUAAUAUAGAAGAAAUACAACCUGUUGUGUACACUUUAACGUUUCACCAUUUACAUUGAAUGAUGACACGUCUGUCUGUGUUUUCUAUGAAGCAAACAUGUUUACUAUCAAUCAUGGAUAACAAUACGUAUAUGCAUAAUUUAUAAAAUCUAUGCCAACUUGACCGGAAU